UUGGGCUGUGCGGGAGGAGGGACUGGGUCCGGCGGACGGAGGGUGGGAGUCCCGCGGGCACCAUGAGUGGUUCACAGAGCAAUGACACUAAAAGACAGUUUCUCCUAGAAAGGCUACUGGAUGCAGUUAAACAGUGUCAAAUACGGUUUGGGGGAAGAAAAGAAAUUGCUUCAGACUCUGAUAGCAGAGUCACUUGUUUGUGUGCUCAGUUUGAAGCUGUGUUACAGCAUGGUCUGAGGAGGAGCCGAGGAUUAGCAUUAACAGCAGCAGCGAUCAAACAGGCAGCAGGUUUCUCCAGUAAAACUGAAACAGAGCCAGUGUUUUGGUACUAUGUGAAAGAAGUUUUGAAUAAACAUGAACUGCAGCGCUUUUAUUCUCUGAAGACCAUUACUACAGAUAUUGGUAGAGGCCGGGCUUGGUUGCGCUGUGCAUUAAAUGAACAUUCUCUGGAAAGAUAUGUUCAUAUGCUGCUUGCAGAUAAGAAUCGACUCAGUGUCUUCUAUGAAGACGGGUCUUUUAUGAUGGAUGAAGAACGUUCUAGUAUGAUCCCUACGAUGGCCGCUGGUCUGAACUCCAUUCUUUUUGCAAUCAACAUUGAUAAUAAGGAUUUAAAUGGACAGAGCAAAUGCACACCCACCGUGUCUGAUUUGUUAAAGGAAUCGACCCACAAUGUAACCUCAUUAUUGAAAGAAUCCACUCAGGGUGUUAGCAGCCUUCUUAGAGAGAUAACUGCAUCAUCUGGUGUCUCGAUUCUAAUAAAACCUGAUCAAGAUACUGACCCACUUCCUGUGCUCUCAAAGAAUGUAAAUGCUGAUUUGAAAUACAAAAAAGAUCGAAAAAAGAAGAAGAGAGUGACAAAUAUUAUCUCAUUUGAUGAAGAGGAAGAUGAGCAAAAUUUGGGGGAUGCCACAAAGACUCUAAUUACAGGAGAAAGUUCAGAGGAGAGUAUAGACAGAUCUUCAGUUUUUGUAUUAUCCUCAUCUGAAAGCACUCUCGGAAAAAAUUUGAACGGGAAAGAAAGUAACCAUUUGUGGAAAAGCAAUUCAGUAUUCAUGAAUGGAGAAUAUGAAUAUCAGAAACUAGAUGUGAAAAGCAUUGAUGAUGAAGAUGCAGAUGAGGAUGAGCUAUAUGGAAAAACAUUAGCAAAUAAAGGCACAGAAGGUGAAACUGAAGCUUCUGAAAAGCCUCACGAAAUAAGCACAUGCAAUUCUCAGAUAUGUAGUUGGACUCCUCUGCAGGUCCUGAAUGAUGACUCAGAUGUUCUAUUUCCAGUCAGUGCUGUUGGCUCUUACUCCCAAACAGAUAACUUGGUGAAUGGAGAGGGGCAUGAACAUGUUGUUCAUGCAGUAGAACUGGUUCAGAGAAGAUCUGAUCUUCCUUACAGAGUGGAAGUCAGUCCUCCAGCUCAAGUGAAUACAUUAAGCACUAUGUUGCCUUCAGCCACUGUGCCAGAAUCCAUGACAAUUAAUGAACUUCGUCAAGCUAUCGUGGCCAUGAUGAAUAGAAAGGAUGAACUGGAAGAACAGAAUAGAUCUCUGAGAAAUCUGCUGGAUGGGGAGAUGGAGCAUUCCGCAGUGCUAAGGCAGGAAAUGGACAACUGGAGAAGGAAAGUAGCAGAACAGGAAGAGCGACAUGCCACAAAAGUCCAAGCCUUGGCACGAGAAAAUGAGGUGCUAAAAGUGCAACUUAAGAAGUAUGUAGGAGCUGUCCAGAUGCUUAGAAGAGAAGGUCAAACAGUGGAAGUUCUGCCAAACAUUUGGAGCACUGAUGGUGAACUUACUAUUCCAGAGCAAAAGCAAGUAGAAAACAAUGAGGAACUAGCUAGCUCUUAUGAAAGAAAAUUGAUUGAGGUAGCUGAAAUGCAUGGUGAACUGAUUGAAUUCAAUGAGAGGCUGCACCGUGCUCUGAUGGCAAAAGAAGCUCUUGUGUCCCAGAUGAGACAAGAACUAAUUGAUUUGAGAGGGCCGGUCCCUGGAGAUUUGAGUCAAACAUCUGAAGAUCAGAGUUUGUCAGAUUUUGAAGUAUCAAAUCGUGCUCUUAUUAAUGUUUGGAUUCCCUCAGUCUUUCUGCGUGGAAAAGCUGCUAAUGCAUUCCAUGUUUAUCAGGUUUAUAUUAGGAUAAAGGAUGAUGAAUGGAAUGUUUAUCGAAGAUAUGCGGAGUUCAGAAGCUUGCAUCAUAAAUUGCAGAAUAAAUACCAGCAAGUGAGGACUUUUAACUUUCCACCAAAAAAGGCCAUUGGAAACAAGGAUGCAAAGUUUGUAGAAGAGCGACGCAAGCAGCUACAAAUUUACCUAAGGAAUGUAAUGAACAAAAUUAUUCAAACUGUGCCAGAAUUCUCAGCCAGUCCCAAAAAAGAGACUCUUAUUCAGCUGAUGCCCUUUUUUCUUUUUCCGAGGAGUCUAUAGCCUCUGAAUAUCACCUAGUGAUAUUCCACCUUCUGGAGAACCAGUCAGCAAAAGCAAUCGCUCGAGAGUGACUACACGCUUCCCCAA